UAGACAGGGUAGCCUAGCCUAGCCUACUACGAGGGGGAGAGGGUUUGUAGGAGGGGCUUAAACUUAUACAUCUCUUAUAUUUAAAGUUCGAGCCAGUGGCUGGGAUAAUUUGUAUUUUAUCCUGAAACUGAACAGUAGCCGCUGGAACCAUCCACCUCUCGCACCUGGCAAUACACCUGCCUGUUGUUACCAUCAACACCCGCACGAGACCUCCGGGCUUCGCUAACGCUGUAAGGAUGAAGAUUGAGAACAGCCUGCCCCGCCCCCAGCUCCCCGAGACUCCGCCCCAGACAGGCCUGCAAUUCACUGUGGCGACGGAGGAGGACUUUGAUGAGAUCAUGGCCAUAAGCCAAGACAUCUACGGAGGGCUGGACUACCUACCGACCCGCUACACCGCCUGGCUAUCCGAGUCCAACCGCACUGUCAUACUGGCCCGCAAGCAGGGCAAAGUGAUUGCCCUGGAGUCAGUGUGUGUGAUUGACGAUGGUGAGACCAUGCUGGUGGAGGGGUUACGUGUGGCCCCCCAGGAAAGGGGGAAGGGCGUGGCAGGGGUGCUGCUACGGUUCUGCUCUCAACUGGUCAAGUCCAAGUGGCCUGAGGUGAAGGUGACCAGGCUGACCCGCGACGACCAGCUGGGGCCCAAGGACUUCCAGAAGUACCGCCUCAUCACCAAACAGGGCAUACUGCUGGUUCGCUUCAACGCUGAAGAUCUCAAGCUCCGUCUCGCCGAACUGGGGCCGGUUGUGACCCUCCCCACCUACUCUGAGGGUACCCCACAGGGUUCUGACACCCCUCUGGUUCCCCCGGUCCUUCUGGACCUCAACGAGGCCCACCAGAUGUUCCUUAACUCGGGUCUGAUGUCCAACGUGCUCCCUAAUGCUACCAUCGUCCAGGACUGGCAGCCGUUCAAGCCCGUGCCCAGCAACAUGGUCAUUCUUCUGAAGAAGGACAUCGACUGGAUGGUGGAUGACCGCUACACCCCCACUGUGGCCAGCCUGUGCACCCACCCCUUCUGGGUUCCCGGAGGUCCUCGCGGAGUUGGGACGGACACGUACUACCUCAACAUCGACGUGUUUGGCAAGGACAUAGGCCUGGUGCUCCAUCAGUUCCUGAGUCACCUGAGGCGCCACGCCACCACCCUGAAGGGGCACGUCAUGUGCCAGAUGUUCCUGGAUCCUCCCAUGUGGAAACCCAUGGCCGAAUUCUGCUGCCAGACACUGAAUGUGGAGCUGGUGAAGGAAUACACGGAGCAGUGCGUGGUCGAGUCGGAUGUCGUGUAGCCCGGAGGAAGAGGGAGGAGGAAUAGGAUGAGGAAGAGGAUGAGGAUGAGGAAGAGGAGAGACGAGACGAGAUGGAGGAAGUAACAUGAAACAAUUUGAAAAGUUUCCAGAGACCCAAUGAACAAAUGAACCUCAUUCUCUUUAGAAAAUGAAAUGGAAAAGUUCCCCAAGAAACUUCAGAAGGAUUGGCAACAACCUCCCUAAGCGACUAUAGCGAAACACCUCAGAAGCUGCAUUAUAUUUGCAAUAUAUUUGAUUUGAACACUACCGCUAACAAAAAUAUUUUACAAAAAAAGGCAGCUACAUGAAAUACGUUUGACUAAUUAGUUUGAAUUAGUUUCUCACAGUUUUUUUUACCAUUCAGUCAUUUACACAAAUCUAGCUCUUAACAACAGGAUGCUAAUGUUAUUCCUUUUAAAAAGAAAAAAGAAAUAUACAAGCUAGCUUGGAGAAUAUCAUGCCUUUCAAUCCUUUUAAUGUAAAUAUAAAGUAUAAAUAUGUACACAUUCUGAAUUGCAAAUAUGUCUGCACAACUCUUGAGGCACUUUAUUAAACCAUAUGGGCUGUUGUGCUAAAGUGCAAGUGAUGACGUCAGGAGGAGAGGAGUCGUUUAGCUUUUAGAAAUAACAGAAUAUAACGGAUUUAGAACGCAUCACUCCCAUGGUAACGGUAGAAAUCCUUAUGGACCUAUUCUCUCCAACGCCAAAUCCCAAAAUACUGUCGAACAAACAAUAGCCCUUCAGUGAAUCUUACAGAGCAUUUGCACGCUUAUAAUUCACACAAAAUGGCUGAAACGGAACAGCUAUAAUUACACGUAGCUUAUAACACUAAAACAUGGCCAGUUUGCUUUUAGAACAAUUUCAUUUUUUUAAAACAAUUUCUCAGCUGUUUUGUUUUUAUGUUUUUAAGCACUUAAUCAUAUUGCUAAUUUAUUGUUACUUUUCCUCGUGUACUUGAAUGCAACCGUAGUACCUAAAGAGGUAAUAUAUUAUCAGCAGAAGCUUUCUGGAGGCUUUCCAAUACUUAAUGUGCAAUCCAAGCUUACUCUAUAGUACAUUGCUAAUAGUGUGAAAAAGGGAGCUGUACUUACUUUACAGUAUACCACAAAGACUAAAACAAUUUAACUAAUAUAGUUCUGAUUGACUUAACAUUAACAACAUUGUUCAGUAGCUAGAGAAAUAUUUCCGUGGUAAAUGUCGCCAUUGCAAAUAUUAGCUGACAACCUUUGUAAAGAUUGAAUCGUAGUCCCUCAUCAACAUAGACUCAGUCAUCAGACAUGCUGUGAAACAGCCCUCUGAAACCAUUCUAAGCUUCGUAGCCACUCUAAGAUGCUUCAUAACCCCUCUACGAAGCGCCAUAGCGACCCCAAGAAGCUUCAUAAGCUUUGGGACAUGAUCAGAGCUCAGCUAAGCAAAUGGGACACCCUUUGCUCUCGAAGGUUUCAUAACCACUCUACUAAGCUUCAUAGCCACUCUAAGAAGAUUUAUAAGCUUUUGGCUCUUGAACGUUCCCUUUAAGACAUGAUGCCCUUGACACGACGUAGCACGGAACGAGCCUACAUUGCAACCCCCAACUUGAGACUAAAACCACUACAGAUCAGUUACUGGCCACUUCAUUGACUCCAACCUGCCCUCGUUGUAAAAGGGACCUUGUUGUAAAGGAUGAAAUGGACGGAGGAAGAGGAUAACUUUUGAUUUUUUGGUAGACUGAUCAGUGGUCUGCCUGUCUUUCCCUGACUCUAAAGGAUGAACGCACUCACCCAUGAUAAAUGAAGGAUUUAGGACUGGAUCGAUAUCGGACGAUGGAUGAGAUGCCUGGAGAAAGUGGAAUGAAGAAUGAAGCAAAUUAUAUAGCGGAUUCCAUAUUCUUCAAAACAACAAAACAAUACUUUGUCAAGGCUGACAAUGAUUUUCUCAGUUCUCUGAGAAGCACUUCCUAUUUUUUUUCACCGAUCGAAGAAGCAAACAUGGACUGACCCCCCUUUUUUGCUGUGGCGAGUCGUGAGGAAGCCAAAGAUGAAGAUGAAGAUGUGAGAAGCCUGACUCCAGUGGUGAAGAGAAGAAGCAGUACACAAUCAUUCCUAAUCCACCCCACCCUUGUCUCUAAAGGCAUUCCCCUAUACAACAUACGAAGCCCCACAUGAAACCCCCCAAUCAAAUCAUUUCUAAGAAAUUCUCCAUAAUAUGGGAAGGUGGAACUUUUCCUCACAAGCCCAUACAACCCCUCUCUCAUUCCAUCUCUCUUCAUGAAUAGAUUGAAGACCAAUUUAAAGCCACUGAGUUUAAAAUCACUAUGUAGGUUAUCUAAAACUCUUGGCUGGUCAAAGGUAGGGUUCCCUGGAUGUACUGUCGUAUCCAUGCCGACCAUCUGGUGUAUGUAAAUGAUCUUGGAGAGCGUGCUUUCCUGCUGCUAGUGUGUGCCCACAAGACCAGAUGAUUUACUAAACUUAUUGUUCAGAAAACCGCAUAGUUAAAUUUCUCCCUAUUUUUUUAAAGCUGGUUUGAACAAUUCAGAUUUUGGCUUCGUAGGCUACGCCACAACACGAGAGCAGUCGUUUUGAAUUUACCUUGGUGGUGGUUGGACAUUUAAUGAAUAGAGCUCAGUGUAUUUACAAAAAAGUCACUGAGAUGGGAGAAUAUGAGCUAAUUUGUCUCUCUGAUAAGACAGAAUACUGUUUAACAUUUUAAAAACUCCAGUCCAGUCCACACCCCAUAUCUGUGACGGAACGGUCUGUCUGUCUGCACGAUUGGCAAAUGGAAAGCAGUUCUACUGUUACUUCAUGUUCUCCUUAUCUCGCCAUGGUAAAGAUGGAGCUUUCAGUUGUUAAAAGCAUCUGAGUGCGAGUGAGGAGUGUGAUUUUAUAAUUCCACAGUGUCACGGUGGUGUUGGUGUUCGUGGUGGUAGUGGACUUUGCAUGGUCACAGACACACAGUGAUGUAUUGUAUGACUGCCAAUAUACCCUGCAGAGUCCACAGAUCAACUGAUCCAAUGGCUUUCCAAGACCAUAUGGCUAAAAUGGAUACCAGUACACCGCAGCACGUCCAGGGAUACGACAGGUUGGAGGGUAUUUGGUUGGAGGGUGAACACAAUCUUUGAUAUGAUGCACACAGACAUGUAUUAAAAACUAGAAAACUAUUCCCACAGCCUCACCACGCCCAUGCAAUCUAUUGCCCAAAUGCCCACUACUUACCCACCCAACAACGUGUUCUAAUCAAUGUUGUAUCCACUACUACCAUAGGGACAAGUUUGUUGUCGUACAAACUGCCUCAGUCCUCAACAUACCCAUCCAGUAAAGACUAUAUCCCCCUACACUCCAUCUUCAUACGGACUAGACAUUAUGGUUUUAUCUUAAUUGUUGUCUGGUGAAUUGGUGGUUUGUCACCUGGUAUAUUUCUACACUGUAUAUUUCUAUAUUUGACAUACAGAUAUAUGCACAGUAUUUCAGGGGGAUGUGAAUGUUGAAAUAAGAUGCAGUACUGUAGGUGUCUUUUGUCUUGUUCCUGAAGGUAUGUUUUGUGUGUUUGAGGGAAAGCUCGAAGGAGAAUGUUUGGUAGAGAUCCAAGGAGAUUUGAUUGGUUAUAGAGUGCUCCAAAUCUGAUAAUUCCGGACUCAUUCCAGAAUUGAAGUAAUUCCAGGCACUGUUAAAAGAUUAUGUAGCAGUACAAGUCAUCCACUGUUGUAAAAUAGGAACUCUCCUUCCUCUCUUGUCCCCCAUUCCACACAAACACAGCCGAGAGAACAAAUGAUGUUGAACCAACAGCCUUGGGAAUAGAUAUGAUGGACAGGGUCUGUAUUUAAGGGUUACCUAAAGCACUGUGUAUUAGUAUGUGACAUGCAUUUUACAUGUGAAAGAUACUGUAUAGUUAUGUACUAAACCAGGAGGAGGGUAUUUAAUGCUCUCCCUUGAUUAGGGGUUCUUAACACAAUGAGGUUACUGUUACUGUACUAUGCUGCUGUUGAGCGGGAGCUCGGUCUGAGGGCGGUAAAGUAAGCACGUUGUUCAGCCCAUUCAUUGGCUCUCUGCUGCUGUGAUAAUGGCGGAGAGGGCAGCAGGGCAGUGAGUGAAACCGAAAGGAUGUAACAUCAGUCAUUCAUAGUUCUAACUGAACAGCUGGUGUGUUCUGGUGUGUUCUGAUGUGUUCUGUCGCGCUGUCAUCGUCGCCAAGGUCGAUGUUAAUCAGCCACCGUUAUGGAGCAAACAUUAGAUUGGCCCUAUUAUUGAAUAAUUUCUCGUUAUGAAUCUGAUUGCAUGCUUAGUUCGAUAUUUGCUGAUUAACAUAAAUAUCAUAUUUUCCCCCCCAAAAUAUUUAUUUUUAUUAAUUAAGACGUCAUCAAUUUAGUUUGAUGUACAACCCGUACUUCAUUUGAUGGCUGGUUAUCAUUUAGCUGUGACUCUGUGUUCUCUAAUUGUACAAAAUGUAUGCAGGUUUUUUUUGUGUCUUUUUUCAAAUACUAAUUAUUUCCUCUUAUAUACCUUGUUUUCCACCCAUCCCAUUUUUUUUUCAUUUUACUUCCUCACCGCUUUUCACUUUGUUCUUAAAACCGUCACAUUUAAUCUCUUUAAAUCUAUAUUUGGUCAUUUUGAAUACGGACACACUUACAGUAUUAUAAACAGCUGGAGCUGAGAUGAAGUAGAUGAACGAAAGAGUUGCUACAGAUCUUAGCAUUUUGUCUGACAGAAAGUGUGACAGGUGCCAUGGUGACGUGGUUGAAACAAAUGGGAGGAAGUUCAGAGAUCAGCUUGUAUUGAUAACAUAGCCUGAUCCCAGAUCUGUUUGCGUUUUAGCCAACUCCUCUGUCUAUGAUAGUCAGACAAAUUUGGCUGAAGUACGUACUGAUCUCGGACCAUUAUAGUGGCUAGUCUUAAUAGUAGUUAUGGCUAUGCUUGGUGGUGGAGAAGGGGAGAGGAAACCGAAACCCUAAUCUCUCAUUUAUGAAAUGGUGAGGUCAUAAAGAUGAGGGGGGUGAUGGAAGGAGAGGUCAGGGAGAGAAGAGAGAGGGAAGGAGGGAUGGUGUGGGUGUUGUGGAGGAGGAGAUGAGGGAGUUUCUCUCUGUCUCUUAUUGCAGUACCUAAGAGGCAAAACCAGGGGAGGAUGGUUACAGUAGGUUACAGAACCCUGAAAAAUUAUAUGAAGCUUUGUCGCCAAGCUAAGAUGCUUUAUAACCACUCUAUGAAGCUCCACACUGUAGAGUCUGAUCUUUAACCCACAUGCACAGUAUGUGGGUAAAAGUUCAGACAAAAACGUGGGGGAGACAGAGAUAGCAACAGUAGGGAGAGGUGAAUGACAAUAGAGGACCAGGCCGGUCAAACUAUUUAUAUCGACUACAUUGUUAUGUAUCCACACUAUGUAACCUUCUAGUGUCUAGGGCAGAGCACGUGACUUCCUGGUUCUCUAGCUACCCAUGGACAGCAGGUGUAAAACACUGGUGACAAUCUAUCACUGACCACGCUGACAUUGAGACACUGACUAGACCGGAGCUCUCCAACCCUGUUCCUGGAGAGCUACCCUCCUGUAGCUUUUAAUUCAACCCCAGUUGUAACUAUCCUGAUUUAGCUUAUUCACCAGCUGGGUUAUUAGAAUCAGGUUCGCCGGUUUAGGGUUGGAGUGAAACCCUUGAGGACGGUAAGCUCUCCAGGAACAGCGUUGGAGAGCCCUGGUCUAGAGUCAGUGUGUCUCAAUGUCAGUGUUGUGAGUGAUAGAUUGUCACCAGUGUUUACACCUGCUGUCCAUGGGUAGCUAGAGAACCAGGAAGUCAAGUUAAAGCUGUUCUGUUUGCAGACUGAGGCUGUGUUCAGAGUGAACAUCUAUUCCCUACAUAGUGCACACUAGGCAAUAGUGUGCCAUUUGGGACGCACAAUCAGUGUCCUUUCCAAGUUAAAAUACAUUUGGCUUAUCGUUGAAUCGCCUAUGGUGAGGUGAGAGCCAGCAAGGUUUGUACUUAUAUCUAUAGACCAACUCCACAUGAGAUGGAGUUGAAGGCCCGUCACCUGCUGAUAUUAGGAUACAUGAUACACACACACUCACACACAUGCACACACACACACACACACACUUUAUACACAGACAGGAGAGUCUAUUCCUCUCCUAAACUGCUUACUGCUUAGCCAGUGACAUUUAAGAGGCUACGACGACAGUUAGCUAGAGUUUCAGCUUUGUGUGUGUGUGGGUGCGUGUGUGUGUGUGUGUGUGUAGAUGUGUGUGUGUGGGGGUGUGUGUGCCUGUGUCUGUGUGUGUAAUCUGUCGAUGUGUCACAGUGUCUGGUUGCACGGCGAGAGACACAGAGACCCUUUUCAGACAAAUUUCUCAGCUGGUUGUGAAUGGAAAGUCUGGCUGUGUCCCAAAUGGCACCAUGCUACCUAUGUAGGGUACUACUUUUAACUAGGGCCUAUAGGGAAUAGGGUGAGAUUUGGGGCAACAACUCUGCGAAAGAGAGAACGGGGGGAAGGGGCAGAGGAAAAAGAGGGAAGGGGGGAGGUUAGGGAAAAGAGAGAGAGAGUUUUUCAGAUGCUUGUUGUGGGUUUUGGAGAGAGACAGAUGGCUACCUACAGUACUGUCUGGUUUUAUGGCUGUUGGAAGCUGCUGCUGGUGAAUGUGGUUUUGGCUGGGUGUUUAAUAAGGAUCUAGGACCGCGUGGAAUGGAUUCAAACAGCUGUCUCGUCCAGUCAUUGGGAUCGAGUAGCCACAAGUAAUGUAGAUGUACACACACACACACACUUGCAACAUAUGUAACACACACACGCGCACACACACACGCUUGCACAUUUAACACAUUUAAAAACUAUUUUUUCAUGAUCCUAUUUUUCUAUAUUUUCUAAAUGAGUAAAAGCAACGACCCUAAUGCAUGUUUUAUUAUGGCCUUGUCGACUUCAGAAAGGGCUGUUGAAUUGAUAUUUCAUUUUGUUCUCGGUUUUUCAUCCAUUCAUUUAUUUGUUUAUUUCUCCUUCUUUGAACCCUCUGUAUUCAGAUACAUCUUAAUCUAUGACAAAGAUUAGGAUAAUUUUAUGCCCCCAUUUUGUCUGAACCUGGGAAAGGAAUCAAGAAGAAAAGCACAAAUGAACCCUUGAUUACCUGACUACUAGCAAAUAUAAAGUCUUUGCCAAAUUAUAAAUUCAACUAAAACCACCAUCAAAACAAAACUGAAAAUAAAAUUGGAAAGACAAAACAAAACUGAAAAUAAAACUGGAAAGACAAAACAAAACUGAAAAUAAAACUGGAAAGACAAAACAAAACUGAAAAUAAAACUGGAAAGACAAAACAAAACUGAAAAUAAAACUGGAAAGACAAAACAAAACUGAAAAGGCAGCUGGAAUUGACCAGUGGGUACAAGCUUUUGAAGUAUGUUCUUCUUAAUGCCCUGCUUAAGGGGAAAACGAAGAAAAAUCCCUAGUGAAAAAAACCGAAUCUAAUCUUACUACUUGGCCAUACUGCACCAUGCCGAUGCCUCUUUUGUGAACAACUACUGUAUUUGUGCUUUUGUGCAAUUAUCUCUUAUAUUACUGUUGAUGAGAAAUACUGUAAGGAACAUGGGAGUGGUAGAAACCAUAGGAAUAGAAACAUGGCCGCUGUUACCGUUGAUUUGAAUGGGAAUGUCCUUUCUAGGAAUUCUAUUUCGAUGAGUGAGAAACGCAACUGGACCUUCUACCCUAUCAAUCUGUGACCAUGCAUAUAGCCCAAGUGUUGUGAUAGCUAAUCAUGCUACGUGCAUGUUAUCCAACUCAAAUUAUCAUCUGACUGUCCUGCAUAUACAGUACAGUAAUAUAUGAGGCCUGGUCACGUUCAUGUGUACAUUGUAAAUAACCUAAAAGCCUGUUUAUCCAUCUGAAGGGAAGAAAACAAGACACAGCAUAUUGUAAUUUUGAACAGAGAUUUUAGAUGCUAUAUGCAAGAUGAAAAGAAACACUAAAACACCGUUUCUGGUUUCUGGUCUCCACACCCAAGUUCUGAAAAUGUUUUAUAUGGGGAAUGAUUUUUCUGUAACACCAGAUGUGAAGGGGGGGGGGGGUAGAUUUCUGUGUAACACCAGACAUGGUCAUUCAGUGGGCUUUCAUUCAAUUCAAUUCAAAGGAACUAGAGCUUUGUGAUCAAAUAGUCCACCAGCACAUUCAUUCCUUAGGUGAUGUUGAGUGAAUACUCUUACUCCGUUUCCUUAUUUCUUUCUUCCUCACAUCCAAACAUGUAAAGAAAAGAAACAGCAUACUAUGAUAUUAUUCCCUUUAUUAGGUGGAAUCCACCUGAACACUGGGGGUUUUGGGGUCUGAAGUCGUACCAAAGACUUCUCAGAUGGUCUCCCAGGCAGCGCAACAAAAACUCAACUGUCAAUCUAUAUACUAUUGUUAUCAGAAUCAGCUUUGGUUAUCUAUGAUAACAAGGUCCAAACACAGCUUCUCUGUACGACCUACUAUACAAAUUCUCCUAAAUGUACCUGUGCAGAAAUUGACUGAUUCCAAUAACUGCUGAGCCUUAAAGAGAUUUAACAAUAAUUAGAGAUAUUUUGAGAUUAGAUAUAUCUGGAUACGCCAAAAUAAUCAAAUUAAACAAACAGACAAAGACAUGGCCACUGUUGCUCAUGAUUGUUUCUAUUUUUCAACAACAAAAAAUAUUCACACUUACCUUGCCAAGCUUUCACUAUAGCGGUCCAACUAAAUGACCAAUGUCUGAAUAAACAUACAUACCUUACAUAGACUUAGGUUAGAUGAAAAUGCCCAGACCUUGACCCCUGCUCGGAACCACCAAGGUCAUAGGUCAAAGGUCAUAGAGCAAAGGUUAUGGUUCCGGAGUUUUCAUUUAGCCCUUUUUCCUUGAUAUGGCUGCAGCUGUUGAGUAUCCCCUAGAGUUUCACGAUUAUAUACAGUACAGUGUAAAAUAUAUUGUGCGUUGAAGCCUAUAUGUCAUUGAGUCACAGUUAUAACAGGUUAUAACCUAUAAUCAGGUUACACUGAUCGAUAUAUGCUAAAAUGACAAGAUCCUGUGAGAUAAAAGACAGGGUAUAUAUUUAUUCAUCUCAUAACUUUACAGUUUUAAAUCAUUUUAGUGAGACUUCUUAUUGGAUUCACAGCUGUGUGUCUGUCGAGGUGGUAAAUACAGUGGUCAUGCCAUUCGAAGGUAUGUUGGUAAUCUGGAAAGAAAUGUAUAUUUUGUUUUUCUUGGUCCUAUUCACUUUAAUAUUUUAUUUUAUACCCAACUUUCUCCGCUUAUUCUCAAGCGGUGAUUUGGAUAAUUUUUGGGGGGUUGAAAAAAACAAUAUCGUUUUUUCAAUUUAUUAUAAUGAUUUUUGAUUGUUAUUAUUUUUCAGUUUUCAGAAGCAAUUUUCUUUUGUGAGACUGAGAUGCAAAACUAUUUUAAAUACAAUACUUAAAAAAAAUACUUUACAAUCUACGAGAGAUCUAUGGGAUGUGUUUUUCUUCUCCAAUUCGGAUGCAAAAAUGUGUGUAUGUUGGGGAGUGACGAUGGGUAUGGCACAGAAACAUGUGGCUAGGUUUACACAGAGUCCAAACACACUCAACAUAACACUUAAGAAACAUCUUAAGACAAUACGUAAGAUGCUAAUUAAUAAGAUAUGCAUUUUUACUUUGUCUAGGGCAGUACUUAUUCCUGUUUUGACCUAAUGUUCGAAUUAUGCAUUUAUUUUUUGUUGUUAAAGCUAGGCAGGUUAGCUAGUAUUAUUAACGUUGUAAAAACUAGACAGGUUAGCUAGUAUUAUUAACAUUGUAUAGAUAUUAACGUUGUGCUACUAUUAUUUUGGGGGAAAGUAUAGACUUAGUUAUGGGGCACAGGGUAGAUGUUAAAGUUAAAUAACACACACACACUCCCAAAAUGAUUUUUCAGUGUAAACCUAGCCAUAUACUUACAUGGAAUACAAUUUUUUGAAUGCUUUAUAAUCAUAAAGUGAUGGCUACAAACGGGGUAGUAGUAGUAUUUACUGAUAAAAAAAUAUAUAUAAUAAUUUUGCUUGUGUUUAUAUAAUAUUGUUGUAGUAGUACUGUAAAAAAAUAUUAACAUUUCAACAUACCUCCCUUUCUCUCCAUUCUCUGGAUAAGUAGUUUAACAAAGGAGAUUUUAACAUCUACAAACAUAUAAACCUUAUUAAGUGUAUAUUGCAACAUUGUUAAGGACAAACAGCCGUGGAACACAGUAACUUUGUGUAACUAUAAAAAACUAUUGUGAAGUCAUUCUAACAUUGUGAUGAUAACAGUAAAAGUCCAGGCUGUUUAUGUAUGUAGUAGUAUUUGAGUAGUAUUUUUGUAGUAGUAUAUUAUGAGAUGAAGUAAUGAUGAAAGUAACUAACAUGGCAGAAAUGCAAAUUGUUAGAAAAUGAAACUCCGCACUACAGACUGACGUUUUCAGAAGUUCUUUGUUGAUUGUUUCUUUAUUAUUAUUUUAGUUCUUUUUUUUUACAUUUAUUUUUUACUUUCUCUGUUCAGAUUUUUGCCUUUGUUAGGUGUUGUUAGCUAAAACGAAAACAUUUUUUUUUUUUAAACGAAACAACAAGUGUAUGUCCGAAUGUUAAGCUCUUUCUAUAUAUUAAAAGAGCUCACUUUUUGUGUUAGAGUUACGGAAAUUUACAAGGACAAAGAAAAGAAAACAAGAAAAAUAAAGGUGGGGUGGUGA